AUGAUCUCAAAAGCGCUCAAGCUCAUUACAUUGGCGACAGUUUCGACAGCAUUCGAGUGCACUCGCUCGCACCUCGAAAAUGUCGCAACACAGUACGUUGGCAUGAUGGCGACUGGGCAACACGAUCUCUUCGAGAACCUCGCGUACACUAUGCAAUACGUUGAGAACAACAAGACCAGCACAAUCAUAAAUGGUACACCAGCCUUCGGAAUGACAAUAGACUCGAAUCGCUCAAUGUUGGAUACGACUCAGUGCAAGACGUUCACGGAGAUCAUUGUGACCGAUCCUAAACAUCCGUAUGUCAUUCACACGCAAAUGACGCUUGACGACGAAGGCAACGUGGUUCUGAUCGAUAGCCUGGUGACAGACAAAGGCGACUGUUACAAAUACUGGAAUAGUCAAGAGAACUGGGAUCCGAUUCCAGAGAAUAUGCGCCUCCCCCGGGAGACGAUCAAAGCCGCCGGUGACGCCUACGCAAACCGCUGCAACGACGUCUCAGUUCAUGUGCCGUUUGGCACACCCUGUGCUCGUCUUGAAGGUGGCGCAUACACUGGACGCGGCAACUUAUCUGCAAACACGUGCGAUAUUGGCGGACUACCUGAGCAUAUCCCGAUGGUAAAUCGUCGGUACGUUGUUGACGAGGUAUAUGGCGUCGUUGAUGUCUUCAUGGGAUUCACUGGCCUCGAUCGCACGCGAAAUGACACGGCAACGCCGGACAGUCAUCUGUUUAGGGUGGAAGAUGGAAAGAUCAGGUAUAUUCACACCGCGAGCGCUUGCUUCGUUGACGGGUGUGGCAUGAAUGGUACGGGGCCGCCGCCGGGCGCGAUCAGGCGUCGUGGGUUAUCUUUCAAUGUAUGA